GGCCCGGGCCCCCCCCCCCCCCUCCAUCCCGGACGCCUGGGUCUCCUCUUUCUCUGCAGCGCUGCUGGGACGUGGCACUGGCGCCGCUGAAGCAGAUCCCCAUGAAUCUGUUCAUCAUGUACAUGGCCGGCAACACCAUCUCUAUCUUCCCUGCCAUGAUGGUCUGCAUGAUGGGCUGGCGCCCGCUGCAGGCCCUCAUGUCGCUCUCUGCCACACUGAAGGCACUGGAGAGUUCAAGCCGGCGGGCACUGCAGGGGCUGGUGUUCCUGGUGGGCAAUGGGCUGGGGCUGGAUCUGGCCCUCUACAAGUGCCAGGCCAUGGGCCUGCUCCCCACCCGCCCCCCUGCCUGGCUCCCUUUCUCUUUCUUCCCUCGGCAGCGGAUGGAGUUCACUGGGGGGGGCCUGAUCCUGUGAAUGUGCCCACCCAACAAUAAAGGCAAUGGCAGGCUGC